UCUCCAAAUCUCUUUCUCUCUCACAUUCGUCAACCUCUCUCAAAAGGGUCUCAGAUUCAGUGCUCAGAUUCGCUUGAAAUGGAGACUGGCGGUGGUAAGAUCAAGAAGGGCGCCGCCGGAAGGAAGGGCGGUGGUCCAAGGAAGAAGGCCGUGACUCGUUCCAUCAAAGCCGGCCUCCAAUUUCCGGUCGGCAGAAUCGGCCGCUACUUGAAGAAGGGCAGGUAUGCUCAGCGUGUCGGCUCUGGAGCUCCGGUCUACUUGGCCGCUGUGCUUGAGUACCUCGCUGCUGAAGUGCUGGAGUUGGCUGGAAAUGCAGCAAGGGACAAUAAGAAGAACAGGAUCAUACCAAGGCAUGUGUUACUGGCUGUGAGAAACGACGAGGAGCUUGGGAAGCUUCUGGCCGGAGUUACUAUUGCUCAUGGAGGUGUGCUACCGAACAUCAACCCAGUUCUGCUGCCCAAGAAUAAGGUUGAGAAGGCCGGAGGACUUCCCAAGGAGCCCAAGUCGCCAUCCAAGGCCGGCAAGUCUCCCAAGAAGGCGGCUGCUUAAGUUUCUGUGAAUGUUUUCUGGGUGCUUAGGGUUUAGUUUGGAUCUGAUGGAGUUGUAUGUAAUGAUGAAAAUCUGGGUAUCUAAGGUGUUUGUUUUUGCUAUUGGCACGAAAAAAUUUCAAUGAAAAUUGAAGCUUUUGUUGUUCUUA